UUUCUUUCUUUCUUUUGGGGCGGGCUUUGCUGCUUUGUUGGCGGAACUCUGUCUCGAGAGGGAAGUGGAAGCUGGCACACCCGGAGCGAGCCCUCCGCCCGACCGGCCCUGGUUCUGGCGAGGCAGAUAUGAAGAUGAAAUCUGUAAUCCCAUACUGUUUGAUGGUUGGAUAUUUUUUAUUUACUAUCUUCUGUGGGUCUGAUACACAUACAUCAGCUCAUAGUGUUGAUCGCCCUCAUAAAUGGGAUAAGUUCUACUUCGUUCAUCAUUGGCCAGUAACCGUAUGUAAGAUGAACGACAAUGAUUGUAAAGAUCCACUAAUGUACUGGACAAUCCAUGGACUGUGGCCAGAUAAAGAAGAAGAGUGUAAUAGAACUUGGCAUUUCAAUAUAUCUGAGCUUAAGGAUUUAAUGGGAGACAUGGAACAAUAUUGGCCAGAUGUUAUUCAUCCAAAUAACACCCAUUUCUGGAAACACGAGUGGGAGAAACAUGGAACUUGUGCAGCUGAGCUGGAAUCUCUUAAUUCUGAGAAAAAGUACUUCAACAAAGCACUGGAACUCUAUAAAAAACUUGAUCUCAAUAGUUAUCUCUUGAAACUGGGGAUAAAGCCAGGCAGCACCUAUUACCAAAUGGCAGCCAUCAGAGAAGCUCUUACGAAGGUUUAUGAUGUAACACCAAAGAUUCAGUGUCUUCCUCCAGAAGAGGGUCAACUACAGAUAAUUGGUCAGAUUAAAUUCUGUUUCACCAAGGAGUUUGAACUGAGAAACUGUACUGAGUCAAAGGCUUAUUCCUUUUCUGCCCAUAAAGAUAAGUUUUUCAAGACGGAAGAUCUCUCCAACUGCAACGAUACACUGACAUACUAUCCUUCACAUAUAAAUACUUGGAAGCACUUUGUGGCAAAUACUGUUAACCUGUCAUGAUGUAAACAUUAUUGUUCAGAGACAAAAUGUUAUUCCAGACGGAUAUUGGGAAACUGUAAUGUGUAAGUCCUCAUUACUUGAGUACAAAUAAUGGAUGCAUGAGUACAAAUAACAGUAUUGUUAUCAGGGUUGUAUAAAUGAAUUUUUGUUUUUGGGAAAAAAACAUUUUUCAUUUGUGCUAAAAUAUCAUUACAUCUGUGUUUUGAAAAUGAACUUCAUACAUUUCUGAAAUUUAUUUUUGAAGCUGAGCCAUUUUACUUCUGUCUGCAAGUGAUUAGAGUAAAGCAAGAUUCCAAUUUAGUUGGUAACUUCAUCAGGUUUUUUGUGUAAUAUCUUCCUGUAUGUUAAAUAACAGUAUGAAAGUAUUAAUAAUAUCUCAAGCUCAAAAGGUAGUUUUGUGAGAAUUGUGCCUUCAUAAAAUCAAUAACUACAACAAUGUGCAUAAAAAAGGCUCUUGACCAUGUGGCCAUUUGUUACAUUAGCAAGAUGUCUCUGGUCACAGUGGCAAUGACAAUUACUUACACCUGGUUUACUCCAGAGUAAUAUUACUGAAUGUAUCAAGUUGAUUUAGAACAUGGUGGGAAAAUAUGGCCCUCUAGGUAAUGUUGGACUUGCAACGUCUAUCGGCCCUAACCUCUAAAAACAAAUUGACAGUCCAACAACAUCUGGAGGACUACAUUCUCCACACCAAUACUCUAAAACAGUGGUUCUCAACCUGUGGGUCCUCAGAUAUUUUGGCCUUCAACGCCCAGAUAUCCUAACAGCUGGUAAACUGGCUCGGAUUGCUGGGAGUUGUAGGCCAAAACACCUGGGGAUCCACAGGUUGAGAACCACUGCUCUAGAAUAAGAGAGCUGCACCCUGAAACUAGCUUUCCAAAUAUCAAGGUUUUAACAGACAGUUCCCUUGGUUUGGGGCAUUUAAAUUGUUUUCCAGAAUUCUUUUUAAUACUUGAUGAUGAUGUGUCAUUUUCAUGUGGGUACCAAGACCUUUGUUUUGUUGUUGUUGUUAUUGUUGUUUGUUGUUGUUGUUGUUGUUUGUUUUUAAAAACACGACUUGCAUAUCACGCAUUGGCUGUCGUAUCUGGUGUUGUUUAAUUUCUGCAUUCUCAGUUUUCAACCAUCGUUUUGAACGAAAUACUUUGCACACAGCUUGGUACAAAGAAGAACAUAACAUAUAGUGAGCUUGAGCUAGCCAACCUGUUGUAGUUUUGUUUUGUUUUUUCUUUCAAAAAAUUCUCAUGCUCAAUAUAAUUAACAAAAGUAAUUUUGUAAAUUAAACCUUCAAUCUUGAAUUUGUCUGGGGAUUGUUGAUUUUUGUUGUUUUUCCUUUUUGCUUUGGGUUUUGUUCAUCUUCUAGUUUUGAAAUGUGACAUUUGAGUUAGGUUUCAUAAUUGUUAUAAAAUUGCUUGUAUUGUUGCUAUGUCAUUUAAUUUUACUUCCAAAAUUAGUUGGAAAAGAUUCAAGGAUCACUUAACUCUAGUUCAGUACUUUCAAAUGCAUAAUGUAUGUAAAUAAUAUCAGUAGAUUUUAUAAUCCUCAGUGAAAUGCAGUAUCUUGAACCUGCCAAAAAUAAUGCUAUAAUAUGGGAUUUUUUUUACUCCAGAGAAAAGGUAAAAGGGCCAGUACCCAUUCCUUGGCCUUUCAUUACUUUUUUUGUGCAUGCAAAAUCAUUGUGUUUUAUGCCAAAUAUAUUUCCCCACAAAAUUGCUGUAUUUUACUUGAAAUACAAUCAGAGCUGAUCAAAAGCAUUUAGUUUUUGGUUUUUUUAAAAAAAAAAUCAAAAGUAUUAUUCAUUUAUUUAUUUACCCCAUUUAUACCCCUGCCCCUCUCCACUCCAAAGGGGACUCAAGGCGGCUUUCAUAUGGCAGAAAUAUCCAUAAGUAGGAUAUUUUUGUUUAAAACAUAAUAAAUUUAUUUAUUCAUUCAUGAAUAUUUGGUAAUGUUUUGUAAAACAAGUACAUCCUUCUAUUAUGAAUGAUGACUAAACACAAUCUUCUUUGUCAUGAUUUAAACCAUUCAAAUUGAGUCUCUCAGAGAAGGGGUUUAAAUUAUGGUUAAAUCAGUGUUAUUAAAAUCAACCCAGACUGCAGUGUUUUUCAUGCAGAUGAAAUUUCACUAACAAGUCUUGAAAUUUUAAAAAACCAUUGUAAAAAGCACAAAAGCUUUUAUAUUCUCAACUAGAUAAGAAACAAUUUAAUUUUCUUUUUUAUUCUCACAUGCUGAGAGAAAUGAAAACUUGCAUCUGUAUUGUUGGUACAUGUCACAAUGUAUUUGCACACAUAGUGCAUAGUUUUAGGCAAUUCUUAUUUUGUCAUGUAACUUUGUUCAACAAGGUAGAUUACAAAUCAUUAUGUAGGUUACAGUUUUGAUGGGGACGUGAUCUCUGUAAGCCAGUAAAUGUGCCCUUUCCGCUACAGAAAAUUUCCUCUCUCUUUGCAUAUAAACUGAUAAACAUUUUACCAAUAUGAAAUAUGUAUGUCUUGUGUUUCUUUUUCAGUAAAAUUGCUUUACUGUCCUCUUUUCUAGGUAAAUUUGUUUUUUAAAUGAAAAAAUCAGAUGCUGUCACAAAUUGUUUAAUUAAACAAAUUUUGAACUUUC